AUGAUAAAAAAACAUAUUAAAUUAAGUCCAUAUACAAUGUUUUAUCGGAAAUUGUAUGAACAUGUCUUAUCUCGUCUUGAUGUUAUUUGUUAUCGUUUAUAUGGAUCUCAAUCAAAUAAAUUUGAAAAAAUCAUUUGGAAUUUAUUUGAAAAUUAUACUCAAUUAUUAUUUUGUUCACGAGAUUUACAUCAAAUAAUAUUAUCAUCGAUUUAUUAUGUUGCUAAUUCGAAUUUAUUUCAAUACGAACAAGAUAAACAAGAAUUAACAUGGUCUCGUUUAAUUCAAGUAUAUAAACCAAUGCCUAAUUCGAAAUUAAAAACAGUUCGAAAUAAAAAUUUAAAAGAAAAUCAAUUAAUUGAUCUUCCUUAUAGUAAUAAAAUAUUUGAAAAUAUUAAAUCAGGACAUGUUAACGUAAAUAUAUCUUCAAUUAAUUAUUCAUUAAAUAAAAUUCAAACAAAUUCAACAUCGAAUGUUUUAUCAUCAUCGAUUCAAGUAGGUACAAAUAAUACAGUACAAACGGUUCGAACUCAAACUGAAGAUGGUAAACUUUUAACAACUAUUUCAACAAUAUCAAAAAUAAAUAAUUCAAAUAGUAAUCAAGAUAAUAUUCGUAUUAGUAGAAAUGAAAAAAAUCUUUUUUUUUUUGGUCAAUCAACAAAUAAUUCUAUGAAACGAACAUUUUCCGAUGAUUCAAAUUCAAAUUGUUUAACAAGUUUAACAAAAAAAAGUUUUACAAAUUGA